GGCGCGGAGGUUGCGGUAAUUUGUAUGUGCGCUCGAUGCGGUACAACGCGCGUUAUAUACCUCAAUAUACUUCCCAAUGCGGCGAACGAGACCGAGUAACGUGGUGUUCCCAUUGUAAUAACGUACUGCAAAUUUCAGCGACGUGUCAAGUGUAGGAUAGUGCCUUUUAUCAUUAAACGCUUUUUGUUGGUAAAAUGUUUCAGAGAGAAGGAAUAAGACUAAGACAGCAUACGACGAGGAAAGCGUCAACUGAGUUACCUUACGAAAAUAAGGUUGCUUCAAGGAAGCAAGAUAUACUGCCAAAUGAAACUCAACAUCUCCUUUUUGUCCUCACUUUCUUUCUUUUUGUAUCUUUUAUCAUAAUUGUAAUUGAGAAGAAUCUACCUGAUCCGGUAACUAUCAAUACUGAGGGAUUGCAUCCAGGAAGAUUUGUAGCUGAACGAGCUCGUAAUCAUAUUGUGAAUCUUACAUCACUUGGACCUCGUAUUGCUGGCAGUUAUGAGAAUGAAGUAUUAGCUGUUAAAUUUCUAAUUACAACGAUCAAUAAUAUAAUUAAAGGAGCCCAUGAAAAUCAUAAAAUUCUCUUGGAUAUCACAAAACACAGCGGUGCAUUUCCUCUUAAAUUUCUGGAUGGAAUGACUAAUGUAUAUAGAAAUGUACAGAAUGUUAUUGUCAAGAUUGGACCUCAUAGACCUACAAUGCAUAGCUUACUGCUUAAUUGCCAUUUUGACACAUUUUUUGAAAGCCCAGGUGGUUCGGAUGAUGGGGCUGGUUGUGCCGUAAUGCUCGAGGUUUUACGAGUAAUUAUCCAAAGCCCAACAAUAUUAAAACAUAGCAUUGUAUUUUUAUUCAACGGAGCAGAAGAAAAUGUAUUAGAGGCAUCUCAUGGUUUUAUAACACAGCAUCUCUGGGCAAAGGAAAUACGAACAUUCAUAAACUUAGAGGCAUGUGGUGCAGGUGGUCGGGAAUUAUUAUUUCAGGCUGGACCUUAUAAUCCUUGGAUUCUUGAGGUUUAUGCUAAAUCCGUACCAUAUCCUUAUGCAUCGUCAUUAGCUCAAGAAAUAUUCGAGAGUGGUAUUGUACCUGGAGACACGGACUUUCGAAUAUUCAGAGAUUUUGGAAAAAUUUCCGGCCUUGACUUUGCAUGGUCAACCAAUGGUUAUGUGUACCAUACUAAGUUCGAUACUGUUGAUCAGAUACCACUUGGUACUCUGCAAAGAACUGGUGAUAAUAUUCUUGCUUUAACAAAAGGAAUAAUAUUCGAAAAUUAUUUAUCGGACACUAGUAUUCACAGAAUGCCUGGAAGUCUUGUGUUCUUCGACUUUUUGGGUGCAUUUGUUGUUCGAUGGCCACAAUAUAUCGCCAGUACAAUCAAUGUCGCUAGUAUGAUUAUAGCUGGGUACUCUAUCCAUUUGAAUAUGCAGAGUGCACGUAGAAAUAUUAAUAGAUUGGUAUAUGCAAAACACGUGGCAAUAUGCGUGGGAGCGAUCGUCGCCUCGUGGAUAGUAUCUACAUCCUCUUGUACAGUAAUCGCCUUGACAUUGACCAAAUUAGGAAAAGUAAUGAGUUGGUAUGCAAGACCGGCGUGGCUGUUCUUUUUAUAUAUUUGUCCGACCACUUUCAUGUCAAUGAUUGUGUUCCUAUAUAUAGGAUCGAAACAAAAAAAGGAAAUUAACUCUGCAUGGAUUUUGUUUCAAAUGUAUUGUGAUGCGUACGCUAUAAUAUGGAUGUGGACUUUAUUCGUAUGUAUUUUAUUUGAGAUACGAUCAGGCUUCAUACCGCUGCAUUGGGUUCUAUUUCCGGCAGUCGGGAAUAUUAUACGACACAAUUUCUUCGGCAAAUGUAGAGAUUGGAGAUGGCUUUGCUACCAUUUGGGAAUACUGAGUUUGUCUUAUAUACAGUCGUUUUAUUUGGCGAUUGGAGCUCUCUAUCUCUUUAUUCCCAUAAUGGGUCGAAGUGGUGGCAGUAUUAAUUCCGAAAUUGUAAUGGGUAUUAUGUUGUCGGUAUUAUUCUCCCUAUUACUCAGCUUUACGUUACCAAUAGUGCUGCUAAUAAAGAAUGCGGAGCGAAUUAUAAGUGUGAUAAUCGGGAUAUUCUUAGUCGCUAUUGCUGUGUUAAUUCUAACACCACUCGGAUUUCCUUACAGUGGUGAUCCAUCAUCGCCUGCUGCACAACGAUUCAUGAUCGCGCACAGCCAACGUCAGUAUUACAAUGCAGAUGGUAACCUUAGGUACUCCGAUACAGGAUAUUGGAUAGUAGAUUUAGAUAUGAACAGUCCACACAGCGUAGAAUCAACAGUACCUGAAGUGGCUACUGCGAUACCAACAGCUAAAGAUUGUGAGAAAGAAUUAUAUUGUGGUUUUCCAUAUUUAAUGCCGGUUACAACUUUCUUAUGGAGAACAAGUUGGAUAUCUGGACCCGCCCCGCUCAUAAGUGUUCCUACAAAUCUCGAGCUCAUUUCGAAGACACGAUACGCCAAUGUCGUCUUAAAUCAACAGCCCCUGGUUAAUUUCACAUUCAACGUUACAGGUCCCGAUCACAUAGGUAUAAUUUUGUCUCCAUACAAAGGUGUUCAUCUAGAGAAAUGGACUGUAUCCGAAGGGAAACCACUUCAAGGUCCUAUGUGGAACGACAGAGAGACUUACUUCAUCUAUUAUGCGUGUGCCUCAGAUUGUGUGCCAUAUAUAUUUUCUAUCGAAUUAAGUGUGCCCGCAAUGCAGAAAGGGCCGUGUUUAUCCAUCGCAUUAGCUGGCCACUUUUUACACGGUGAACACCAAAGAUCUCUAAGAUUCAAAACCUUUUUAGCACAGUUCCCUUCAUGGGCUGUCAUUAAUCCUUGGACUGCAACAUAUACAUCAUGGGAAUUUUAACAAGGAUCUUAUCGAAGAUUUCAGCAAGAUGGUAUGGUAGACAUGAAGCAAUAUUAUCACAUGGCAGAACAGCCCGUGUUAAUUAACAAACCUAACUAAAUGGUACUAUGUUCGAAAUGGAUAACGUAAUUUGGUCGCUUAAAUAUUUAGACUUGGCGUUUAACAUUUCUUAGAUUGUCGACUUACUGAGUAUCGGCGAACAUGUUAACGAAAUGUUAAAGCCGUAAUGAAGAGAUGUUCUCUCAUUCUGAGUUUAUAUAAAUUUUUACUAGUGUUAACAAAACAUUUUUAGUGUUAACAGAAUGAUGUCAAAUUAGCAUAAGAUGUUAAUUUUUAUCGAAAACGUAAAUAAUGCAAACGGGAAUAUUUCCCCGAAUGCUUUUAACAGUGAUAAUUAUCAUUACUUUUUCUAAGGACAUACGGUAAUAUUGCAUAUCAUAAGCACAUUGUAACAAAAUUCUAUUUAUCAAUAGUAGAAAUUAUCAAUCGUCUAAGAUGGGCUUGAGAGCACAUUAUUCUAUGCGUUAUUUGUCAAUUUCUCAUAGAAAAAAAUAGCGCCACGAAAAAUAAUCUUUCAUCUAAAUCUAGAAAUUACAUACAUAACAUAGCAACUGUGAUUGCAUAAUGUGCAUGCAUACAUGCAUUGAUGCGUGAAACACUCUCUUAGUAAACUUCACAAAUUUAUAGAUUUUAUAUUAUAUAUCAGUACUAAAUAAUUACUAAAUUACCUUCCUAAGUAACAAUUAACCAUUGCAUGAAUAGCAUGUAAUAAAUUGAGCAUGAAUUACACGAGAGCUAUUUAAAGUAGACCGUCUUAUUUCGGAAUAUCUUAGAGCAAUGUUCAGAAUUAUUUAUUUAAAUGAAGCGAUUUUCAAAAGUUAUGUCUUCUUAUUUCCUCUUGCCGCUUUAGCUCGCCUAGCGGGCUAUGCAAUUGACAGUUGCAGUGAUCAGCUUCAGUCAACCGUUGACAUUGUGCGAAGUCUGUUCCUAAUAUCUGAAAAGUUCUUAUCGAAACAAUUCCUUUAUAUAUAAUAUAAUUAAUAUAUUAUAAUUUUAAUAAUAUAUAAAUGUAUAUUGUUAACGUAUAAAAAUAUAUAUGAAGGAGUUGUUUUGAUGAGUUAAUUUGUAUGAAGUUUCAGAUAUUAGGAACAGACUUCGCACAAUGUCAACGGUUGACUAAGGCUGAACGCCACAACUGUGAGUUGCACCGUCGAGCCUCCAGCAAGAGCAACAAACUGGAGAGACAAAGGAAAAUAAAGGAAACAUAAAAUCGUAUCAUUUAUAUAAAUAAUUCCGAGCAUUCUUAGAGCUUGCGUAAAUUCGAUAGUUCAAUAUUUAAUCAGCUAUAUUUGUUAUUUGAUACGAAAUGUGAUUCAAUGCUGUCGUUUACGAACAAAGUACCUAACAAUAACAGGCAGUAUAAAUGACAGCACGAGAAUAAUAUUUUACAUUCCCUUUGUCCUAGUUUUAAAAGAAAUGAUAAAAA